GGAAUUGAAACCCCUCUACUUUUAACUAAAUUCAAUAAACCUAUUUCACGUCCGCGUAUCCCUAAACUCACACACUGCCUUUCUCUCUCUGUCUCUCUCCCGGACGCUCGCAAAUCGUACAAAAUCGAUUCGCCUAUCGUAUUCGUGCUUUUUGUUAACUCGGGUAAGUUUGAGAUAUUUGUCAAGGGGUCCUGCGCCGCUACUGCAAUCAUCGGAGUUACUGGUAGGAUUUCAUAGUUUGAGCUGUGAUAAAUUGUGAAUCUUCGGUCUCCAAAAGCUGGCUAUGGACUACGAGCCUUACGACAGCAGCGAUUUUCCUGGAUUUUGUUGUUUGGCUUUUUGAUGCAACCAUUAUUAGUUUUUCUCCCUGUGGGUUUUCAAGCGAUCUCUGUAGUAGAUUACUCUAACAGAUAGCUGGAACUGAUGAUGAUUUUCCCCCACCGCAUCAAAAUAGAAUGUCAAGAGGAGGCCGGAUUUCUGGUAAUGGAAGGCCUGCUGCCAUGGGUUCUAUGCCAUACCCCAGGAUGUAUGAUGAAACUGAUAUGGAAGCUAAAAUUCACCAGCUUGAGCAAGAAGCAUACAGUUCAGUUCUCAGAGCUUUUAAAGCUCAAGCUGAUGCGAUUACUUGGGAGAAAGAAGGUUUAAUAACUGAACUUAGGAAAGAGUUGAGACUGUCAAAUGAAGAACACAGGGAUCUUCUCAGCAGGGUUAAUGCGGAUGAAACAAUUCGAAGAAUAAGGGAGUGGAGACAGUCAGGUGGUUUUCAAGCAGGCAUGCAUGGUCCUAGUCAACCCAUUCAUGAACCAGUGCCCAGUCCUUCUGUAUCAGCUUCUCGUAAAAAACAGAAGAUAGCAUCUUCAUUACCUUCUCAGUCCUUUGGUGGACCAUCUCCGUCAUUCCACCCACAAUCAAUGGCUGCAGCAAACCAGCCAUCUUCAUCAGCUGCAAAACGUGGACCAAUGAUGGGUGUGAAAGGCAAAAAACAUAAAUCAAUGCCUCCAGGUGCACCUUCAAUGAAAAUGCAGUAUCCCUCUGGUCCUGCUGGAAGAGGUCAAUUCAAUAACCGUAUAUCUUCGGGUGGCCUUGCAAAUGAACCUGCAGAAGGAGCUUCAUUUGAUCCAUUGAUUGGAAGGAAAGUCAGGACAAGGUGGCCUGACGAUAAUAACUUUUAUGAAGCUGUAAUAACUGAUUAUAAUCCUGUCGAGGGUCGGCAUGCUCUUGUUUAUGAUAUGGGUACUGCUCAAGAAACAUGGGAAUGGGUCAACCUUUCUGAGAUUUCUCCUGAGGAUAUACAGUGGGAAGGUGAAGAUCCUGGAAUUUCUCAUCAUGGAGGUUAUGGUGGCCCAGGCCAUGGGAUGAAUAGACCUCUUGGGCGGGAUAACGCUCCAGGUGCUGGAAGAGGGAGAGGAUUGACGAAAGGUCAGUCCAGGAAGGACUUCCCACCAUCACAGAAUGGCAUCGGAAAGAAAGGACCAGAUGACAUUCAGUUGCUUCAUACUGAAACUCUAAUUAAGGAGGUGGAGAGGGUUUUUGGCGCCAACCAUCCAGACCCUGCGGAGAUAGAGAAGGCAAAGAAAGUGCUGAAGGAGCAUGAACAAGCUCUUACUGAUGCUAUUGCGAGGCUCGGAGAUCUAUCUGAUGGUGAAAGUGAUGAAGGUGGCCGUUUUUUACAUGCGCAAGCAAUGGACAGAGAAUGACAGGGCAGAUCUAUUGUGGUAGUCUUAUGGCAGGGGGCUGUGUCUAACUAUUAUCAAUAUGGUAAAGUCCAGAUUGAUAGGAGUCUGUUGUAUAAUGCAAUUAUUCAGCUAAAUUCCCUAACAUUUGGUAUUAUUGUAGUUUAGCCGAAAUCGUAGCAGGGCGGUUGCCCUUUUUUAACCGGUUAGCUCGCUUACAUUUACUACAGUUGCCAUUAACAUGUGGUUGUGUAAAAAUUUUCUGUUUACGUUGCUGGGUUUGGCUUCUCUUAUUUUGUUUAGCGCUCAACACGCCAAUCAUUUAGUAAGAACAGUUAAAUUGUAGUGUUUAUAUAGUAUUGUUUUUUU